CGGUACGUACCACUAUCUCUGACAUUACUGGGGACAGUGCGUUGAAUACAGACCCGAUUGCCGGUUUUUUAUGUGCAAAACCCCGUUUUAUUUGCACAGUCAGUGCUGGUGGAUGGUAUUUUGUUUCGAAGUCGAUCUUCAUUCUGAUCGUACCUGAUUUUAUUCACAUUUGAAGAUUUUUUCCCGGGAAUAUCCCUUCAGAAAAGUACCAGGUUCUUCCACGCCGCCGCCUCUUGAGCAGGAGUGCAUUUAUUUAACCGUGAUCUACAGGAGACAGGACGAUCAUGGACUCGACCUGGGGAAACACAUGCUUGGACAAAGUGGACUGCUCUGUUUCUCAGUAGCGAUGGAGAGGAUAUAAAAAAGACAAGACAUAUCAGGUAGCGUGGCCGCAGAAGGAUGCCUCUGGUGAAGCGCACCAUUGAGCCCAGGCACCUGUGCCACACGGUGCUGCCCAGAAACAUCAAGAAUGAGCUGGAGUGUGUGACCAACAUCUCCCUGGCCAAUGUCAUCCGCCAGCUCAGCAGCCUCAGUAAAUAUGCAGAGGACUUGUUUGGAGAGCUUUUUAACGAGGCCCACUCCUUCUCGUUCCGGGUCAACUCUCUCCAGGAGCGUGUGGACCGCCUCUCCAUCAGCGUCACACAGCUGGACCCCAAAGAAGAAGAAUUGUCACUUCAGGACAUCACCAUGCGGAAGGCGUUUAGGAGCUCCACCAUUCAGGACCAGCAGCUGUUUGAGCGCACGUCUCUGCCUGUACCAAUGCAGGAGACCUACGAGACGUGUGAGCAGCCCCCACCCCUCCACAUCCUCACCCCCUACAGGGACGAUGGUAAAGACAGUCUAAAGUUUUACACCAAUCCCUCGUACUUUUUCGACCUGUGGAGAGAGAAGAUGCUCCAGGACACAGAGGACAAGAGGAAAGAGCGACGAAAACAAAAGUUGCAGGACCCCCGCAUGUAUGAUCAGGUCUAUAGGUACUUAGACCUUCCAGGGCAGCUGAAGGCCAUAGACCGCCCUCACGAGACUGAGAAGGUGCCCCGAGCCCCUCACGACCGGAAAAAGGAGUGGCAGAAGCUGGCACUGGGCGCAGAGCUGGCCCAGGACGUCCCGGACGACAAGCACCGAGAGGCCAACGGGUCCGCAGGUUACCACGACAGCAGGGGCCAGGUCUACACGGAGCACAUGGAUGGGACAUUCUCACUGGCGGCGUUACCCUACACCCAGAUGAACGAGCUGCUCAACAGGGGAGACCGAAUGUACUCAUCACGACCCCAUGAUGCUCCGCCCCCUCCACCCCCCAUGCACCCGAUGGGAGACAUCAAGGCCCCCUCUGUUCUCAGCUCUGGUUCAGGUUUCUCGGAUAGCAGGCCUCAGUCUCCAGCUCGGACAGGAGGUCUCAACAACACUCCUCCUCCUCCUCCCCCCCUGCCCCCUCCUCCCCCUCCACUGCCCUCUGCUGGUCUGCGGGGCACUCCUCCCCCAAUCCCUCCUCUGCCAGUGCAGCAGCCCCCGGCCAUCCCACCUCCACCUGCACCUCUGCAGAUCGCUCCAGGGGUGCUGCAUCCUGCUCCUCCACCAAUCGCCCCACCUCUCCACUCAUCCCCCGCUCGUCUACAUCAGGGCAUGGACAAGUCAGCCAUGGGACCUUUGGGUUCUUCAGAUGGUACUGUUCUACCCCCACCCCCUCCUCCGCCUCCUUUGCCACAGCCUGGAGCCCGCAACUCGUCUCCUUGUCCCCCUCCAGGAGCCAUGGCAUCUCCACAAGUCCACGCAGCUACCCACGAUGGGGUUCCCAAGAGGCAUUACCCUGCAAACCUACCCCCUAUCAGUGAUGCACGCAGUGUGCUGCUAGAAGCCAUCAGAAAAGGUAUCCAGCUUCGGAAAGUGGAGGAACAACGAGAGCAGGAGGCUAAGCACGAGCGUGUUGGAAAUGAUGUGGCCACUAUUCUGUCCCGACGCAUCGCCGUGGAGUACUCCGACUCUGAGGACGAGUCUGAGUUUGAUGAGGGAGACUGGAUGGAGUGAUCGGGGCAGCAGUAGUGGACAGUAAUUGCCCUGAGUGCCCUUGACAUGACCCCUCAGUAUGUCGCAUCCAUUACAGACAGAAGGACACUCUGUUGACGGCCUCUCCUCUGUGGAGCGUGUAUUGUCAUCUGUCUUGAUGUGAUUUGUGUUGAGGAGACUCCCUGUGCUCUUGCUCUCCUUGGUGUCCAAAAGAUUUCUGCACUACCACACAACUUUUAUCUUGGGUUUCUUGUGAUGAAAUCCUACUAACUCUUAAUAUACAUGAAGAUUUAGGUUUGAAGGCCCAUUUGUUUUGGUUUCAUGUCUGUGUGUCUAUAUUUAAAAAAAGACUUGCGAAAGGAAAAUUGAAGGCAUGUUGCAGCUUUCCUUUCACAGCACAUUGCCCUCUUGUGGCAGGUGGUGGCGUUACGAGUGCCGUUUAAGUUUUUUACCUUUUUAUUAAGUUACAGACUAUGGUUGAAAUGGGCCAGUAAUUUACACAAACUCCAUGAACGCUGAUUGAAGAUCAGCUAAGAGUAUUUCUAGUUGAGUUGUCAUGCUUGUUAUCAGGAUUGACUUUGUCACCAAGAAACAAGCAAAUACAGGAAUGUGUCAAUGUGUUGGUACGUUAUUGUUGUAUGGAUGGGAAUGAAGGAGUAUUUCAUGGUUGCUGUGGCCAUAUACAUGUGGAUAUCCCCUUGCCUGGGUCAGUUUGUCUGGGAAAAUACAAUAUGAUUCUGAAUAAGUUGAGUGUAAAAUGUAAUUGAAUAGAAUAGCCAUUUCCAUUGAAAACAUUUUCACAGCAAAUGUGCAUACCAGGUGUUAAAUCAGUACAUGUCCUAUCUUUGGCUUGUCAUGUACACUGAGAGAAGCUGUGAUAAUUUUGGCAACAACACUGGUUAUGAAAAACAAAUGACAAAUUGUUACUCUGCUGUACAUGUAAUUAAUGACAUUGAAUUGUUGAAUUUGAAAAUGUAUGUACCAAGUUGCACAUCUAUUUUUCAUUAGUAGGAUCUUUGUUCAGUCAAUGUUUUGCCCCUGUCCUAAGAAAUUUGAGCAAUUUGUGUCUCAUCCAAAAUCAAAAUAAGACAAAUAUUUUUCCACAAUAUAAGUGUGUUCAAGUGUUUCAUAAUGAAUUUUAAUUACAUUUUACAUCAUUUAACAACUUAUUCAGAUUAAAACAUGUAACAUGCAGAGAGAUUGUUUUUUUGUCAGUGUGGGAUGGUGUUUUCUGGUAUGCUCAUCUUGUCAUUAAACUAAUCCUGAGCCA